UCUCCUACACAGACUCCGGAAAGAAAAUUUGUUUUGCUUUUUUCAAAAUGACACAUUUUUGGAUAUUGUUCAUUCUGCCCGCCAUUGCUUUUGCGGCCGAUCAGCGGACGACCGUCAAUUUCCCAUCGAAUGGUGGAUCUUCUCAACAGCAGUCAUCGAACGGCGGCCAGUCCAUGAAUGCCGGAGUCUCUGUCCCCGAAUCCUUUUUCCGGAAUCCAGCCUCUACAAUGCCGGAACGCCAAUCAAUGAAUGGAGGAGGACAACAGAACAUUGUGGUGGAAGCUUAUCCCAACCCGAACAUGAAUAUCGGAUACUAUCAAAGCCGGAACCCUGUCGUAGCUGGAGCUUACGGACCCCCUGAACCUGUCCAGCCCGGUGUCGUCUUUCCUCAAGGUCCAGCGGAAGUUCCCAACUUUUAUUUCAACGCUGGAUUCAAUAAAGGACUUGGAUUCCGGGUUCCGGACGCUCUGACCGGGGCUAAUUACUUGGGCAUGGGUCAGCACACUCCUCUGGGAGAUUUGUGGGCCACCAAAGCGGAUUUGCUGCCGGCCAUCUUCAAGACGGGCUUCUUCAUCACUGCAAUUGUGGUCAUAUUAAAGGUGAUUGCAUUCUUGGUCCACGCCAAACACAAUUUCCUUUUGAACGGGCCACUGGCGGUGAACGCGUCUCCGAUUCCAGUCGUUUCCAUCCUGGCCGACCGCAGCUCAUCCAGCAAAUCCGACGAGAAAACACGCGAAAAACGCGAGGCGUCCGCAAGUCCGGUCGUCGAUCCCCAAACGGAUUUCGAUCAAAUUUUGGCUCAAUUGGAAUCGAUUCGAUCGAUUUUCGAACAGUUCAACUGAGAGAAGCUAUAAAAAGGCUAUUUCGGUUGGAGACAUUGUCCCCCUUUUCUUAUUAUUUAUACCUCAUUGAUUUUAAUUCGAUAUGUUUCUAGACUUGAGAUUUAAUUUAAUAAACACAUCAGGAUUUUAAAAAGAAA